AUGGCGCAGUCGGCAGAUAACGCCCCAGUGCGAGCAUUCGACGUACAUUCGACUUCAGCUUCAUCAGAGUGGCUCCGAUGGAAGCGAGCAGUAGAUCUUUACCUGAUAGCUAAGAAUAUUACAUCCGAUGAUCAGAAACAAGCUACAAUUCUCAGUUUAGGCGGUAUGGACCUGCAAGACAUAUUCUACGCAAUUCCGAAUCACGAUGUCGUACCUCAAGGUAAAACAAAAUAUAGCCAUACCAUUGACCUGCUCGACCAAUUCUUCGUGCCAAAAUUCAACAGUAAUUAUGAACGACACGUUUUACGUCAAUGUAAGCAACAGCCAGGUGAAAGUACCGAAAUGUUUAUCAAUAGACUACGUCGACAAGCCGCAAAAUGUGAAUUUGAUAACGUAGACGCAGCAAUAUGUGAACAAGUUAUAGAUGGUUGCACUGACCCGAACUUACGUGAGAAAUAUUUAAGUCAAGAUGUUCUUACAGUUUCGUAUAUUCUAAAGAAAGCCAAAAGUCGAGAAGCAGUCACGUCACAGAUGUCAGCAUAUCAUCUACCCCAACCCCAAGCCCAAGCUGUAGCUGAAGAAGCUAGUUCAACGAGCACGAUCAAUCGAAUACACACUCCUAGGGUUCGUACAUCAAAUCGCCAAUAUGCUAGUCAGAACACAAACGCUAGUCAGAAUGCUUGUUAUCGAUGUGGAGCUACCACCCAUACAGCUCAAGAUGAAAAAUGUCCGGCAAAGGACAAAGAGUGCAAUUAUUGUCAUAAAAUUGGGCAUUUCAAGUCGGCAUGUCGUAAAAGGAGUUAUAACGCAAGUAAAAGAACAAGUGGUUCCGCGAUUAAUACAACAAAAUCAGUUAAUUUAGUUGAACAAAAAGACAACGAGAACGAAUCCUCCGAUGAUGAUAACUACGUGUUCACAGUUACCUCAAAAGUGAGAAAAAAUGAAUUUCACUGUGACGUAGGAGGAGUGGUGCAAGGAUUUAUCAUUGACUCCGGUGCGGAUGAUAAUUUAAUUCCGAAAGAAGACUGGAAUAUUUUAAAAUCGAAACAUAUAAAAGUGAUUUCACAAACACCGGCAUCCGAAACUGAUAAGAAACUUAUCGCUUACGCUCAGACUUCACCACUCAAGAUCGCGGGUACAUUCGUUGCUAAAAUUUCAUAUGGAGAUAGUUCGUGCAAUGCCAAAUUUGUUGUUAUUGAAAAUGAAGGUGCAACAGCCCUGCUCGGUAGAGACACACUCAUGCAACUCAACGUAAUAAAGCUCAUGGCACCAGUCAAUUUUAUUCAGAGUGAUAACGUUAUCAGUGAAACUCGUCCAGUAUUUCAAGGUAUCGGUAAAUUAAAGAACUAUGAGGUGGAGCUGAAAAUAAAUGAUGCAGUGCAACCCAAACGACAAAAACUUCGACCAAUUCCGGUGAAUUUACAACAUAAAGUGGAUGCUGAACUAGACAACCUGCUAAAAAACGACAUCAUCGAACCUGUCAACGAACCAUCAACUUGGGUUUCAAAUAUUGUUAUUUCUUUACGUGGUGAUAAAACACGCAUUUGCGUUGAUAUGCGUGAUGCGAAUGAAGCCAUCGAAACACAACAUUAUCCGUUCCCAACCAUGGAUGAUAUCCGGCCAAAGAUCCGUAAAGCUAAAGUGUUCGCUAAACUAGACAUGAAUUGCGCAUAUAACCAAUUCGUGAUGAAGAAGAAGUUUCGACACAUUUCUACGUUUAUCACCCAUAGGGGUUUAUUCCGAUACACUCGACUAUUUUUCGGCAUUACAUCAGCUCCAAACGAAUUCCAAAGUGUACUUGAACGAAUUCUUAGGAGGAAACGUGCGGUUAAUUUUCUAGACGAUAUUUUCCUGUUUGCUACUAAUCCAGAAGAACUCCGAGCACUUCUCAUCGAAGUGCUGGAUCUGCUUGAGUCAAAUGGUCUUACUCUGAACUAUAAAAAAUGUGUUUUUUUUGCCACAGAGAUUGAUUUUAUUGGAUAUCGAAUCACAUGUCAAGGUAUUUUAAUACAACCUGAUAAAAUCUUAAAGAUCGAAAAUUUCAGAGCUCCAGUAACGAAAGACGAAUUACAUAGUUUCCUCGGACUUAUUAACUUCGUUGCUAAAUUCAUACCGAUGUACAGUGAGAAAACCGAACCACUCCGAAAACUUCUGAGAAAAAACGCAAAGUUCGAAUGGGGAAAAGACCAGAUUCGAGCAUUCAAUACCCUAAAAGAAGCGUUGGUAAAUAUUACGUGUUUGCACCAUUUCAACACAGAUCUUGAAACGCACCUUUAUUGUGAUGCCGGACCUAAUGCUCUUGGUGCAGUAUUAGUUCAAAUAUCCAACGGAGAACCACGACCUAUCGAAUUUGCCAGCAAGAGCCUAACGGAGGUUGAAAAACGUUAUUCUCAAUUGGAGAAAGAAGCAUAUGCCCUGGUAUGGGGUGUGGAACGAUUUCAGUUUUAUCUUCUCGGAAAACGCUUUAAAUUAAUCACAGACAACCAGCCAGUCAAAUUUCUGUUCGCGCCUGGUAAAUUUCAACAAAACUCACGAAUUCAACGAUGGAGUUUAAGACUACAGACGUUCGAUUACGAGCUUGUACACAAAAGUGGAAAAAACAACAUCGCCGAUCCAUUAUCUCGAUUAAUUAUCAACACGCCAUCAUCAUCAACUGAUCGAGUAGAGUCUCAAAUCUUACACAUCGCUAAAAUCAACGCACCUAAAGCCAUACCAUUACAGAAAAUUAUAGACGAAUCUAUCGUGGAUGAGGAGUUAAAAUUGGUCAUUGCAUGUAUUCAAGCAGGAGCUACGGACAGUCUUCCUAUGGCAUAUCGAGCUGUUGCAAAUGAGUUGGCAGUAUGGAAUGGCAUGGUAUUACGAGGCGAUCGCUUGGUUAUUCCAACAACAUUGCGAAAAGAUGUAGUUAAAUUGGCUCACGAAGGACAUCCGGGAAUUGUUAAAACCAAGGAAAGAUUACGUACAAAAGUUUGGUGGCCAAACAUGCACAAAGAUGCCGAAUCAGCUGUAAAACUCUGUGUCGCAUGCCAAGCAGUAUCCUCUACCCUCCCAACCGAACCAAUGACACGUAGAACGUUGCCGGAAGCUCCAUGGGAGCAACUUUCAUACGAUUUUCUCGGCCCUCUUCCCUCCGGAGAUUAUAUAUUCGCCAUUAUCGAUAAUUAUUCUCGGUUCUACGAAAUAAAAAUCACGAAGAGUAUUAACUCUAAAUUUAUCAUCGCUAGUUUUCAAGAAAUUUUCGCUCGCUAUGGAAUACCAUUAAUAAUAAUCAGCGAUAACGCACCUCAAAAUAAAUCAGAUGAACUUUUGGAAUUCUACUCGCUUCAUGGUGUUCAACCUCACUUCAGCAUUCCAUUUUGGCCACAGAGUAAUGGUGAAAUCGAACGACAGAACAGAUCACUGGUGAAAAUACUCAAAACGGCACAAAUAGAACAACGGGACUGGCGAGAAGAACUGUAUAAAUUCCUGUUAAUGCAACGUACAACUCCUAAUGCGACAACGGGUAUAUCUCCGGCAGAUAUGUUGUUCAAAUACUCUCCCAGAGAUAAAAUACCUAGUAUUCGUCAGAAGCUGAUGCUAGAUUCGGAUGUUAGAGAUCGCGAUAAUUUGAAUAAGUUCAAAGGGAAACUAUAUGCUGAUUCUCAUCGAGGUGCAGAGUCUAGAGAGCCGUUCAUCGAAGGCACCAAAGUACUGGUUAAAAGUACAGACACUGGUAAGCUGACGUCAACCUUCGACCCUAAUCCAGGCACAGUCAAAGAGUCACAGGGUAGUAAAGUGACUGUUGAGAAAGAUGGAAGAUUAUAUGUUCGAAAUAGCGCACAUCUACGAGAAUUUCAUCAGCCAACCGAGGAGGAUGAACCGAUACCAAACGAUCACAGAAGCGUCGACAUUUCUCAGACACCGGAACGCGUUUCCCUUUCUGCCAAAGCAAUCGCCGGUACAACACGAUCACCGGAACCUGCCAUAGUUUCAGCCAGACCUCGGAGACAAAUUAAUCCUCCGAAGAAGCUUAAUGAUUAUGUCGUGAACUCAAUUAAAAAAGGGGGAAGAUUGUAG